AUGUCGCCCUCCGAGUCGAGAAGAAGUGUUUGUACAAGAGGUCAUAGUGGGUAUUAUGAAAGAGAUGCAAGGACCUGGGAUACCCCAUUUCGCGAGGCCCCAAUUCCCGAGGAUGUCAAAAUAUCGCUGGCCGUCAGACUGAAGCAGCCGAGAUCUGAUACCGUCAUUGGGGGCAUAGAGGACGACAACGAAGGCGACAACGAAGGCGACAACGGCAGCGGCAGCGGCAGCGACAGCGGCAGCAAUGGUACUGAACCCGAGGACGACCAACCCACCACUACGGCUGCGGCGGACGACGAGAUGGAAGACGUCAACCGCUUUGAACCGCUGUAUUCCCCUGACGAAAGCCCAGCGACGGAGCAACCGGCAGACUUUCCUGUCAAUUCCGACAAGCUGGAGGCUUGGUACGACAACAACGACUGGCUCGAGAGCGACGGGGUCGCGGAGGACGACCCGCGGGUCAAACGGGGCAACUACACGAGCCACGCUCUGGUCCUCUGUGUUGAUCGAGGCGACGGCAGCCCGGCGGGCAACGUCGCCUCAGAGCUGCAUGAACAGUUCCUGGACGCGUGGCAAGGACGGGGCCGGUCGGAACGCCUAAUCACGAAAAUUUUCUACAAUGUACCUCUCGUGAGUGGGGCCAUAGUUCAGGCCAAGGGCGACCACGGUGAUGUCGAGUCUUGCCGGCUGGACUGGGGGAGUGUGAAGCAGCCGCACGUAAUCCAGGCGCUGCACAUGGCUGGAGAGAUAAUGGAGGAGUUCCGCGGGGUCUUGUCAGACCGGCGCGUGAUAGUGACGGCAAGCAAUUGGCCGGAGUUGCCGGUGGACUUGCCGCUGGCGAUCCGGGUGCUGGAGGAGCAGGGAAUUCUGGUGCGAAUCAUAUUCGUGCCACACACGCUGGAACACGAGGCGCCCUUACUGUACUUUGACUCGGCGCGCGCGCUGCUCGGCUGGAACUUUCUCAGGGUGCGAGUACUGCCGCCCGACCUCAACGCCUACUGCUGGCCCCACGCCAUCGGCUGCAUUCUCUUCGGCUCGCAGCCGUGCCAGCUGAUGCAGGAUGAAAUUGCUGCUUCCAUUUACUCUUUCGUUAAACAGAAGCGGCGAGACAGAAGCGACCUUGCAAUCGAAAAUGCUGGAGGACAUCAGCUUAUAGAGUCUGGCAACAACAAGCGGAGGAAGAUGGCAUAA